AUGGCUAGUUAUUUUGACCAAUUUACUGUAGUCAGUAUUAUACCUGGUUUUACUAAUAGUUCACUUAUGUUGCUAUUAGCCAUUUUCUUCAUAGUUUUAUUUUUUAAGGUUAAUAAAUUAAUACCUGGUAGAUGACAAUUGGUAAUUGAAUUGUUAUAUGAUCAUUGAAUAACUUUAAUAAAAGAUAGUUUAGGUGAAAAAGGGUCUAAAUAUUUUCCUUUUGUAGUUUCUCUUUUUAUGUUAAUUGCUUGAUUAAAUGUAUUAGGACUUUUUCCUUACAUUUUUACUGUAGGGACCCAUAUUAUAAUUACUUUUGGGUUAUCUUUUUCUAUUUUGUUAGUAGUAACUAUAUUAGGUAUUAAAAACUUUAAAUUAAACUUUUUUAGUAUGUUAAUGCCUCAGGGGGCCCCUAUGGGUCUAGCUCCUUUAUUAGUUUUGAUAGAGACUGCAAGUUAUUUAUCUAGAGCAAUAUCCUUAGGUGUAAGGUUAGCUGCAAACUUAUCGGCAGGUCAUUUAUUAUUUGCAAUACUAGCUAGUUUUGGGUAUCAGAUGAUUGUAGGUGAUUUAUUAUUCUUAAGCUUGUUUCCUUUAGCUAUUAUGGUCUUCAUAACAGUUUUGGAAAUAGCCGUAGCUUUAAUUCAAGCUUAUGUUUUUUGUUUGUUAACAACUAUUUAUUUAGAAGAUACUUUAAAAUCGCAUUAA